AUGGUUGCUUGAUCUGAAAGCAACAAGCAUAACAGCAAGAGGCCAUGAAAACUGUACAAUUGUUCAAGGUAUCUCCCUCUUCAUUGGGAUCACAAAAUUCGUUACCUUCUUCAACUUCUCUUCCUCUAACCUUCUUUGACAUACUAUGGCUAAGGUUGCCACCAGUUCAGCGAGUUUUCUUCUAUGAAUUCCCUCACCAACCCUCACUCUUCUAUGAUACCAUUCUUCCCAAACUCAAACACUCUCUUUCUCUUGCACUUGCUUACUAUUUCCCUCUUGCUGGAAUCCUCACCUGGCCUCAUGAUUCCAACAAACCCAUCAUCAUCUACAACGUUGGUGACACUCUCUCACUUAUUGUAGCUGAAUCUGAUGCUGAUUUCAACCAUCUUUCAGGAUCUGACCUUUGUGAAGCCUCAGAGGUUCACCAUCUUGUUCCUGAAUUGUCCAUUUCUGAUGAUCAAGCCACUGUCUUGGCCUUACAAGUUACCCUUUUUCCAAACCAUGGCUUCUCCAUUGGAAUCACAUCACACCAUGCUGUUCUUGAUGGAAAAACCUCAACAUCCUUCAUCAAAUCUUGGGCUUAUCUCUGCAACAAGCUAGGAGAUUCAUCAUCAUCACCUUGUGAUUUGCCUCCUGAACUGAGUCCUUUCUUGGACAGAGAAAUUGUGGAAGAUCCCAAAGGAGUUGAAGCAAAAUAUCUGAGUGAUUGGUUAAAGCAAGGUGGACCCAACAACAGAAGCCUCAAGGUUUGGAAUCUUCAAGGUCCACAAGAUUCAAUAAGGGGUUUGUUCCAUUUAUCUAGAUCAAACAUUGAAAGCCUCAGAAAAUUAGUGGUGUCAAAGAAGAAAGAGACUAUGAAUGAUCUUCACCUGUCAAGUUUUGUGAUAUCUCUUGCAUAUGCUAUUGUUUGCAAAGCUAAAGCUGAGAAGGUUAACACCAACAGAGUCUUUGUGGGUUUGAACGUUGAUUGCAGAUCAAGAUUGGAUCCUCCUCUUCCUCCAACUUACUUUGGAAACUGUAUUGGUGCAAGAUUAGCGGUUGCUGAAACAAAAGGAUUGUUGGGUGAAGAUGGAAUAGUUGUUGCCGUUGAAUCACUGAGUAAUGCAUUGGAGACUUUGAAGGAUGGUGUGCUGAGUGGUGCAGAGAAUUGGUCAUCACUUUUGCAUGAUGGUUUGCAUGAUGAUAAGUUUAUGAGUGCUGCUGGGACACCAAAGUUUGAGGUUUAUGGCAAUGAUUUUGGGUGGGGAAAGCCAAAGAAGGUGGAGAUGGUGUCUAUUGAUAGAACUGGUGCAUUUUGUUUCUCAGAUAGCAGCAAUGGUGAUGGUGUUGAGAUUGGUUUGGUGUCCAACAAAGAAUCCAUGGAUACCUUUGCUUCUCUCUUUCUCCAAGGACUUGCAUAAUUUUAAAUGUUUUACUAUUGUCUUCAAUUCUUUCUUCUAUUUAUCUUCUUCUUGCAAUAAAAUUUGUGACAAUUCCGCCUACGUUAGCA